CUCCAACUUAUCCCCAUGGGCAAGUCCGGCGCCCGAAAGAAGAAGCCGUCCCCCGCCGCCGCCCCCGUCCCCACCGCCACCGCCAAAUCGCCUCCGGUCGCAGCCGAGCAGAAGGCUCCGCCGUCCGCGCCCCCCGCAGCGAACGGGGCGGCGCCGCACGAGCUCCCGCUGGCCCCGGCCGUGCUCCUGCGCAGCGCGCACGAGCUCAAGGAGGAGGGCAACCGCCUCUUCCAGGCGCGCGACUACCCGGGCGCGCUGCGCCAGUACGAGCUCGCGCUCCGCCUCGCCCCGCGCGGCCACCCGGACCGCGCCGUCUUCCACAGCAACCGCGCCGCCUGCCUCCUCCAGCUCCGCCCCGUCGACCACAGGGCCGUCGCCGACGAGUGCUCCCUCGCGCUCCAGGCCGAGCCGCGCUUCCCGCGGGCGCUCCUCCGCCGCGCCCGCGCGCUCGACGCGCUCGGCCGCUACGACCUCGCGCUCGCCGACACCCUCGCGCUCCUCGCCCUCGACCCCGACCACCGCGACGCCCUCGACCUCGCCCACCGCCUACGCUCCCGCAUCUCCACCUCCCCCAACACCUCCACCCACGAGCCCACCAGCCGCCCCUCCCCCGCCGCCCUUGGCGCCUCCGCCGUCGUGGCCGGCCUUGGCCCAUCCCUCCCCUCCCGCCCCUUCCCCAAGAAACAGUCGCCUCCCUCACCUCCACCUGCGCAGCAGCAGCAACCAACUCCACCAGCCAUGUCUAAAUUCAAUCCCUCGCCAGCGCCCAAGCUGGUGCCUUUCUCCAACUCCCCGUCAUCCUCUGCCAAGGCUUCAGCUGCCGACAUUUCCCAGAAGACCGUGCCGGCACUCUCAGUGCCCUCAUCCCAACCAGCGACGCGGACGGCGCUCAUCGACAGGAAGGUUGUGACCAGAUGGAGGCCUCUCAAGCUGGUGUAUGGCCAUGACAUUAGGCUCGGGCAGAUGCCAGAAAAAUGCACCUUCCAGACGCUCCGGGAAGUUGUCUCUAAGCGGUUCCCGUCAUCCAAGGCUGUGCUGAUAAAGUAUAAAGAUGCCGAUGGGGAUCUAGUUACCAUCACUUGCACGGCAGAGCUCCGGUUGGCCGAGGCUUGUGGUGUUGGCGCCGGUGUAGCAGAAGCUGAUAAUAAGCUCCCUACGUUGAGGCUGCACGUUGUUGAAGUAAGCCCAGAGCAGGAGCCUGCUCUGCCAAUAGAGGAGAUCAAGCUGGAGGAGGAGGAGGAGGAAGAGUUGUUGGUCGCCGCUGAAGAUAGCUCUUCACAUAUUUCUGCAGAGGUGACCAAUGCCGAGGUGGCAAAGCCAGCUCUGGAGAACGGAGUUGCUGAACAGAGCACUCUGGCAGGGAAGAAAGAUUGUGGCCAUUCCGAGUGCAAGGAAGCUGAGAUUGAUGAUUGGCUGCUUCAGUUUGCAGAGCUGUUCCGGAACCAGGUUGGGAUUGAUGCUGAUGCGCAUCUGGACCUUCAUGAACUGGGAAUGGAGCUGUGUUCCGAAGCACUCGAGGAAACGGUCACCAGCGAGGAGGCCCAAUCCCUUUUUGAGAUGGCUGCAGCGAAAUUCCAGGAGGUCGCCGCCCUGGCAUUAUUUAACUGGGGAAAUGUGCAUAUGUGCGCAGCAAGGAAGCGCAUCCCUCUUGAUGAAUCUUCUCCAAAGGAAAUCAUGUCUGCUCAGCUCCGCACAGCUUACGAUUGGGUGCGCGAGAGGUAUGCUCUUGCAGGGCACAAGUACGAGGAGUCCCUGAAAAUCAAGCAAGACUUCUAUGAAGGCCUUCUUGCUCUAGGCCAGCAACACUUUGAGACUGCAAAGCUUCAUUGGUCGUUUGCAUUGGCAGACAAGGUUGACCUGUCUAUCUGGGAUUCUUCAGAGACAUUCAAGCUUUUUGAUAGUGCUGAGGAGAAAAUGAGGGCUGCAACAGACAUGUGGGAGAAAGUGGAAGAACAGAGAAUGUUAGACUUAAAAACACCUGGCGCGAGUGACAAGGAUGAGGUAUUGAAGAAAAGAAGAAAACAACACAGUGCAGAUGGUCAAGGGGAGUUGACACCAGAUGAGGCAGCUGAGCAGGCAGCGGUAAUGAGGCAACAGAUCCACCUAUUCUGGGGCAAUAUGCUUUUUGAGCGCUCUCAAGUGGAAUUCAAACUUAGUGUUGGUGAUUGGAAGAAGAAUCUCGAUGCUUCUGUCGAAAGGUUUAAGCUGGCUGGAGCUUCAGAAUCAGAUAUCUCCACAGUGCUCAAGAAUCAUUUUUCAAACGCAGUCUCUGAGUCCGGAGAGAAGAAUGUCGCACCUUCAGGCACAGAAAGCUCCCAAACAAGCGAAAACAUCGAUGAUGAGUCUGUUGUUGAAAGCUAAGUUCUCAUUGUUUUAAGCUAAGGUGAAAGCGAUGCGUCACGUAUUCUAUUGUUUGGUAGGACUUAUUUGUUCUUGAUAACAUCUUCAUGGUGUUGUAUCAUGAUCACCAGUUUAGAGAUGAUUAUCAUACUGAGUUUUUUAUAUGCAGAACUAGUGUGGACUUCACAUGAACAUCUUGAUAAUUGAUUCGUCUUAUCUUAAUAUUUCUUGAUGAAUUUCUUGAGCCAGUUAUUGGAUA